CUCACGAUAUCGCCGUCGACAUCACAACGCGGUCGUUGCCAACAUGGAUUUCCGACCACUCGAGCAUAUGCGAGAUAGCGACGAAUCGAUUCUGGAGGAGCCAUACAAACCCUUUUACAGCUUCUGGGCCUCAAAGCCGGUACUAGUGAAGCAAGGUAACGAAUACAAUCGUACGGCUUUUCGAGAAAGACCGUGGUUUGGGCCACUGUUGUUUGAUAACACCUCCUCGGAUGCCCGAGACCAUGCUGCAAACGAGAGAACUUUCUUGUCUUGGUUAAGAUUGUCUAUAUAUAUGGCAAUUGUGUCGGCGGCUAUAAUCAUGUCAUUUCACUUGAAGUCUCAACCGAGUGCAACAGAGCGAAGUUUUUCGCUUCCUCUGGGCAUAAUCUUCUGGGUGCUCUCAGUCAUUUGCUUGAUAUCUGGACUGGCCAAUUACAUACAAACAGUAGCAAAGUACAGCAGAAGGGAGGCGCUCGUGCAGGCUGGCUGGAAGACGCAAGCGGUCUUCACAGUUGUUGCAUGCACAAUUGUGGCAGCCUGUAUUCUGUUCUUGACCACAAAUGCCCAGACGCCUCGAUAG